AUGUCGCAAAAUGAACCACAAAAUCUACCAGAACGUCCCUCCGAAACAACCUCCCUACUCCCACACUCCCAGUUCAACUCCGACAAUCCCAUAAACCCCAGAAUCAUAGCCGGCAUAAUCGCAACCUGGAUAGCCACAUUUCUUGCCGCAGCCGAUAGCACCAUAACCUCCACCCUCUCCGCUACAAUCGCAGCUGAGUUCGACUCGCUAUCAAUAAUAUCAUGGCUGGGAUCAGGAUACCUGAUCGGUCUGACAGCGACACAACCGCUGAGCGGUAAAUUGAGCGACAUCUUCGGCCGACGCGCCAGUUUCUGCACAGCCGCGAGCCUCUUCACGAUCGGAAACUUGGCCUGCGGCUUUGCGCGCUCGAAGAUCCCCCUUAUCUGCGCUCGUGUCAUCACAGGCAUUGGCGGCGGCGGGUGUAUUGCGAUCGCGACUUUCAUCGCGUCGGACAAUAUCCCUCUCCAUCGCAGGGGAACAUGGCAGGGGUUCAGCGCGGUGGUUUAUACAACGGGGAUGGGGUUGGGCGCGGUGAUUGGCGGUGCGAUCAAUGAUGCCGUGGGCUGGCGAUGGGCUUUUAUUGGUAUUGCGCCUAUCUCGCUGGUGUCUGUGGUCGGUGUCGCUAUGUUCGUGCCGAAGGGUGAGCAUGUAUCAUCGAAGGGAUUUCGCAAGCUGCUGCUUCGAGUGGAUUUUGCCGGCUCGGUGACUCUUGUCUCUGCACUUGUUCUGCUGUUAGUUGGUCUCAACCAUGAAGGCGAGCAGAUUGUCACACGCCAAUUUAUAAUCGCCGUUCCCUUGGGAAUUCUUUUUCUGGUGAUCUUCCUCUUGAGCGAGGCGCGGUGGGCCAGAGAACCGAUUAUCCCGCUGUCGCUAUUUCGCCAACGAACUGUCGUCGCAUCCUGCCUGACAGCGUGGUUUUUGUCAAUGGCUUUCUACGCGCUCACCUUCUAUGUCCCACUGUACAUGAAACAAUUGGGAUAUUCGACCAGUGAAAUCGGCGUGCGUCUCUUGCCAGACUCGAUUGGCGCCGGACUCGGAUCGUUCCUGGUUGGCUUAGUGAUUCGUAUGACUGGGAAAUAUGGCAUUUUUCGCUAUACCAUGCCACUGCUUGUGGUGAUUGCGGCCGCUGGGUUCUACUGGAUCUCGAUGGAGACCCCUUGGGUUCUGCCGGAGAUCUAUUUGUUCUUUAAGGGUUUCGGCAUGGGCGGAGCAUUGACCAUGUUGAUUCUGGCCCUGCUCCAUGUUGUUCCGCAUGAGAAACAUGCCACUGCAACUUCUGCCUUGUAUGCCUUCCGAUCAACCGGGUCGACGAUGGGUCUCUCUGCGGCCAGUGCAGUGGUUUACAGUCGACUUGGCCAGAGUUCGGGCGGAGUGUCUGCGUGCGCGGAGACGGAUGAGUGCUAUAUGCAUGCGAUCCGCGGGGCGUUUGAACUAGCAUUGGGGUGCGCGUUUGCAGGGUUAGUGUCAGCUUUGUUUAUUGCGAAUUACGAAACGAGACCGAAGAGAGCAGUUGUCCGGGAUGUGGACAAUUAA